AUGGUAGUUCGAGCUCUCAAGCAGACCAGCAGUCGCAGUAUAGAGGCUGCAAUUGAAUACAUCAGUAAGAUGAGCUAUCAGGAUACACGGCGAGAACAGAUGGUUGCUGCAGCUGCAAGACCAGUGAAUGCAAGUGUGAAAGCAUCAGCGCCUAGCACGGUUCAGCAAACAAUUAACCGGAGGCCAAGCUGGAAGGGUUCAAAAGAAUCUUUAGCUGCACAGCGACAUGGUCCGUCGUUGAUGGAGGGCGUGGGAUAUCGAGCAGACAGCCCCGUCCCCCAGGUAGAAAUGGGUCGGCCGUUGUCAUCAAGUUCAGGAAUAACUGCGUAUACACAGAGCCAUCCGGGUAAUGGACAGGUGCCUUUGGGAGCAGUGAACACUCAGAGAGCGAACACCCAACCACCACUCCCAGUGAGGAGUGUAACUCCACCACCACCUCCACCCAGAGGACAGACUCCUCCCCCACGUGGCACCACUCCUCCUCCACCCUCCUGGGAGGGGAGCCAGCAGCCAAAACGGUUCUCUGGCAACAUGGAAUACAUGAUUACACGAAUAUCACCUGUGCCACAAGGAGCCUGGCAGGAUGGGUUCCCACCAGCCAACCUCAAUGCAGCCUCUAUAAUGAAUGCACCACCUCAAGGCCAAAGAGGAAUCAGUCCUAUUCCACUCGGUAGGCAACCUAUUAUCAUGCAAAAUGCCACUUGUAACAAAUACAACUACACAGCAAGCCGAACAGGCCACCAGAAUGGAUCGGCACCACCUGAAGGCUCUGUAGGUGGACACUUUGUGCCACAUUCAACUGUUAUGGGAGGAAGUGCGGUGAGUCGCCAGCCACCUCCGUAUCCUCACUCUCAGUCUAGCAGAUUAAGCCCCAGUGCCCUCCAAAUGCAAGCUGGUGGGGCUGCUGCUUCCAAUUACAGUAGUAAUCUGAAUGGAAACGUUUCACAGUCUGUCAUGGUGUCAAAUCGAAACAGCCAGAACAUGGAUCUUUACAACAUCAGUGCACCUACUAUUACAUCUUCAUGGCCACAGCCACCUCCACCUCAGCCCCAGUCUUCAGCUGGUGGACAGGAGAUGUCUAACUGGCAUCCUGCUCAAAAUCUGAAUGCACCUGUACGAUCCAAUUCCUUCAACAAUCAUCUUCUGUCCAGCCGGCAGCCUCAUUCCAACUCCCAGCCAUCCGUCACCACAGUGACUGCCAUUACACCCGCCCCCAUUCUGCAGCCUGUGAAGAGCAUCCGUGUACAGAAACCUGAGCUUCAGACAGCACUUGCACCUACUCACCCUCCCUGGAUGCAGCAGACAGGGCCUGUGCCCGAGUGUCCCACUCUAACCGAAGCUCCAAGUUAUCAGCCUCCACCUCCACCAUACCCCAAGCAUUUGCUUCAGCAAAACCAGUCUGCAUCGCUGUAUGAUACUGUAGCCAAGGUCAACAAAGAUGAGCACACAGCAAAACAGUGCAUAUUACAGGUGGCUCAGAGCGCAGAAGAGGAUGAGCAUGAUAAGGCUACCGAAUAUGGUGAACGGUUUGAUGCUACAGAGAAGGAAAAAAAACAAAUUACAACAUCACCUGUCCCAGUGCGGAAAAACAAAAAAGAUGAGGAACGUAGAGAGUCACGAAUUCAGAUAUACUCCUCACAAGCCUUCAAAUUCUUCAUGGAGCAGCACGUGGAGAAUGUGCUCAAGUCUCAUCAGCAGAGAUUGCAUCGCAAAAAACAGCUAGAGAAUGAAAUGUCAAGGGUUGGAUUGUCAAAAGAUGCCCAGGAUCAGAUGCGCAAAAUGUUGUGCCAAAAAGAGUCCAAUUAUAUCCGCCUAAAGAGGGCAAAGAUGGAUAAGUCCAUGUUUGUGAAGAUCAAAACUCUGGGAAUAGGUGCAUUUGGGGAAGUCUGCCUAGCUCGGAAAGUAGAUACCAAUGCAUUAUAUGCUAUGAAAACACUGAGGAAGAAAGAUGUGUUGCUGCGAAAUCAAGUUGCUCAUGUCAAAGCUGAACGGGAUAUCUUGGCAGAAGCUGACAAUGAGUGGGUAGUUCGACUCUAUUAUUCAUUCCAGGACCGAGACAACCUUUAUUUUGUGAUGGAUUACAUUCCAGGAGGGGACAUGAUGAGUCUCCUAAUCAGAAUGGGCAUCUUUCCAGAACCUCUGGCACAAUUCUACAUUGCUGAACUGACCUGUGCUGUGGAAAGUGUUCACAAAAUGGGCUUCAUUCAUAGGGAUAUUAAACCAGAUAACAUUCUGAUAGACCGAGAUGGGCACAUAAAACUAACUGACUUUGGGCUGUGUACUGGUUUUCGAUGGACCCAUGAUUCCAAAUAUUACCAAAGUGGUAAGUAA